CUCAAAUCCGAAAAACUUCACCUGCGCGUUCUUAAUUCUGGCUUUCCAUGCACCGCCCUGCUGUGACAUCUCCUGCCGGUCAGCACUCUGUUUGCAUUGACUGCCUUUGUCACGCUUGGCACUUGUCAGGUCAAUCAAGAUAGACCGCGCAAACCAUCUCUUUCUCUUUUGUUAGUUUGCAUACGUCGCGAUGCUAGGGCUGUUGCUCAGUUACAAAGCGAGAUUAACAUGUGUCUGUGCCAGUUGUGUUAAACCAAAUGCCCCGCCGUGCUCGACUUAGUGAGGCAGCCAAGACGAUCCGUCAAAACUGGUGUAUGGCGCUUCUUUUAGCCGCACGAAAUAAACAAGGGACGGCAGGAUGGUUUGUGUGGCAAAACUUACUGCCGUAUGUGGCUCAACUGUUUGUAAGACAUAUCAGAUUCAUAUGCCCCUGGCCUGGAUGCAUGUCGAUUCCCAAGUGCAAUCCAAGUGCGGUACCUAAACCUGUCACCGAAUCGACUAUUAGCAGCUUACAACGAUAUUCCAGACUUCCUGAGCCACGUUUUACUGGUUUUUUUUUCUGUUUUUUUUUUGGCCAGGUAGCACUCUGUUCACAAUCUGUUGUCCGAGCUGAGGCUGAGGCUAGGGCCGCAAGAGCCAGGACGACAAAUCGCCAUGAAACUCUUAGUCGCAGAGCAGAAGUGUGCAGCCACAGUUUUCGCCCCAGAGUGAGGGGCCGACAGAUCGUCCAUCCGCCACAACCAUCACCGCAUCGUCCAUCCAACCCACAGAGUUUCCUUGCGCGGACUUACCUAGGUAUCCACCCUACCUAGCUAGGUAACCUAGGUAAGCACCCGAGGCACCACAGAUGUCUCAUAAACCUGGGUAGCAUACCCUAUGAUGGAGGACUUCUCGCUAGCUGCAUGGUCUGCCAAUCAUGAAUGGACAUGGGAAGCUGCACGUAGGUAGCAUUUGCUCGCUCGGUGAAGGAAAUUCACUUCUAUCCACGAGGUGUCUCCCGCGCGUGCGUGCUAGCUACCACGAGCCUAUUCGACAAGGCUUGUGUCGCCUAUAUUUCUUGAUGCGGUUGCCAUCGUACCGG